AUGGCGACGGACGAACGAUUCGACACGAUGCUUUUGGCUAUCGCCCAGCAGCACGAUGGCAUUGACUCCAUCCUCAACACCUUCUUCUCUUUUCUUGGGCGGAAAACGGACUUCUUCUCGCAACCAGCCAUGGCUCGCACAGCAGUACAACGCGCACUUGACCGCCAUUUAGCGCAGGCGGAAGAGAAACAAAGGCAAAAACGGAAGGAGGCACCCGUCUCGCGCGUGGAAGAGGUGGAGGAUGAAGAGGAGGUGAAGGCGAAGGCGGCGGCGCAGGCGGCUGCUGAAGCCGCAAAGCGCAAAGCGGAUUUGGAGCGAAAAAAGGAAGAAUUAGCAAAUGCGAAAGAAGAUGAAGAUGGAGCAAAGCCGAAAGGACUUCCUCCGACCGUCGGGAACGGGUUCGAUUACGAGCACUAUAUGUUCUCGCAAACACUUAAGGAGGUCGAAGUGAGAGUGCCGUUACUGGUGGCACGCGCAAAGGGGAAGGAUGUGGAUGUGGUUCUUCAGCAGCGCCGUUUACGGGUGGGGAUGAAGGGGAAGCCUCCUAUUGUUGAUGGCGAGCUUUUUGCCAGUGUGAAAACUGAGGAGUCCAUGUGGACUAUUGAAGAUGGUCACACGGUGGUGGUUACGCUGACGAAGCAAAAUCAAAUGGAGUGGUGGAAGACUGUUAUGGUGGGUGAUGCUGAAAUCGACCUGCAGAAGGUGAUGCCGGAGAACUCCAAGUUAGACGACCUUGACGGCGAUACAAGACAAACGGUUGAAAAAAUGAUGUACGACCAGAGGCAAAAGGCCAUGGGACUGCCCACUUCAGAGGAGCAGAAAAAGAGAGAAAUGCUGGCGAAGUUUAUGGCGGCGCAUCCCGAAAUGGACUUCUCACAAGCCAAAAUAUGCUGA